AUGUCCUCCCUCUACAAUCUCGAACCGCAACCCACCGCCUCCUGCAUCCUCCACACAACUACCGGUAACAUCUCCCUCGAGCUCUGGGCGCAGCAAAUCCCGCUCACCUGCCGCAACUUCCUCCAGCUCUGCCUAGAUGGAUAUUACGAUAACACGAUAUUCCACCGGCUGGUCCCAGGGUUCAUCAUCCAAGGCGGGGACCCGACUGGCACUGGCAAUGGUGGGGAAAGUAUCUAUGAUGGAGGCGCAUAUUCGGAGCCGCGGGAGAAGGGCGGAAUAUGGCCUAUGGAAGAUCGCAAAGGGAAAAACGCAGGUAUGAAUGGUGUAGGGUUCAAAGACGAAUGGCACAGCCGCAUUAAAUAUAAUCGACGAGGGCUGCUGGGCAUGGCAAAUGAUGGGACAGAGAACUCGAAUGGGAGCCAGUUCUUUAUUACGCUCGGUAAUACGCCAGAGCUGCAGAGCAAAAAUACGUUGUUCGGGCGGGUGGAAGGCGAGACGAUCUAUAAUGUUGCCAGGAUGGGAGAAUUGGAGGUUGGAGAAAACGAGAGGCCGCUGUACCCCCCCAGGAUUACAAGCGUGGAAGUGUUGGUUAAUCCAUUUAAGGAUAUGGUGGGGAGGGAGAAGGCGGCCCCUGCGAUUGCGGAAGUACGAAACGAGAAGGUUGUUGAGAAGAAAAAGAAGCGAAAGGUUGGGAAACAACUGUUGAGUUUUGGGGGCGAAGAGGGCGACGAUAUUGAGGUGCCAGUGGUGAAGAAGGCGAAAAAGUUUGAUACGAGGAUUGUGAUGGAUAAUGGGGAAGCGCCCGAGCCGAAUACAAAGGCGAAGGAGGCUCCAAAGGAGGUCAAAAGGAAGGCCAUGAAGGCGGUAUCAGUGGAUUCAUCUCCAGAACCAGCACUUUCUCCACCACCAAAAGCCCUACCCACUCGGGCCGCUAAGUUAGAAAGCCGGGAUAGCUCUUCAUCGCCAGAGCCAGUGGAGAAAGUCUCGUCGCUCCUUGAUCGGACAAAUGCUCAGAUUGCGGAACUCAAGGCUUCCAUGAAGCGCAAUGUUCAAGCAGCGCCAGUUCUAGAGAAAAAAAAGUCUGCACUUGAGGAGAUGAUACCUAAAACCUCCAUACGAGGGAGAAAACGACGCCCCGGGGCCAAUGCCUCGUUAAAGGAUGAACAACGAGCGGUAGACAUUCUUAACGCAUUUCGAUCGAAGCUGGACCAAGCACCACCAGAGAAAGAAACGUCUAAAGUCGCGCCCACGCUGGAAGAAAGAGAUAAAGACCGAGUUGCAGAGGAUGACGAGGAAGCAACCCUUUGCGAUCUCCAUUUUAUAGCCGAUUGCCAGUCAUGCAAGAAAUGGGAUGCCCGAGCUGAGGCCGACCAAGCUGCUGAUGACGAGGGUAUUGGAUGGAUGUCACAUGCGCUGUCUUUCAAAGAGGACAAAUUAGGCAAAGAUUUAAGUUAUCGGAAGAAGGCGGAGGAAGAGCUGGUGGUUAUCGAUCCAAGGGAGAAGGCCCGGACUUUGAAGGAGGAGAAGAAGGCACAGAGGGAAGCGAGAAGUGGUGGAUCGGGGAGAGAAUGGGAUCAGGCUAGGAAUGACAAGCUGGCCCGGGCUUCUGCGCUGGCGGGGCGAGCGGCCAAAUAA